AUGUCAUUGUCUAAGAAAUUGUCUGUUAAGGAUUUGGAUCUCGCCAACAAGAGAGUUUUCAUCAGAGUUGACUUCAACGUCCCACUCGACGGUACUACCAUCACCAACAACCAGAGAAUUGUUGCUGCCUUGCCAACCAUCAAGUAUGUGUUGGAGCACAAGCCUAAGGCCGUGAUUUUGGCCUCCCACUUGGGUAGACCAAACGGAGAGAAGGUCGAGAAGUACUCUUUGGCUCCAGUUGCAAAGGAAUUGCAGUCCUUGUUGCCUGAUGAGAAGGUGACCUUCUUGAACGACUCUGUUGGUCCAGAAGUCGAGAAGGCUGUCAAUGGCGCUUCUGCUGGUGAGGUUUUCUUGUUGGAGAACUUGCGUUUCCACAUUGAGGAGGAGGGCUCCAGAAAGGUUGACGGUAAGAAGGAGAAGGCCUCUGCUGAGGAUGUGGAGAAGUUCAGAAAGGGCUUGACCGCAUUGGCUGACGUUUACAUCAACGAUGCUUUCGGUACUGCUCACAGAGCCCACUCGUCCAUGGUUGGUUUCGAAUUGGACCAGAAGGCUGCCGGUUUCUUGAUGGCCAAGGAGUUGGAAUACUUUGCUAAGGCUUUGGAGAACCCAGUUAGACCAUUCUUGGCCAUCUUGGGUGGUGCUAAGGUGUCUGACAAGAUCCAAUUGAUCGACAACUUGUUGGACAAGGUCGACAUUUUGAUUGUUGGUGGUGGUAUGGCCUUCACCUUCAAGAAGGUGUUGGACAAGAUGCCAAUUGGUGACUCCCUUUACGACGAGGCCGGUGCUGCCAACGUCGAGAACUUGGUCGCUAAGGCCAAGAAGAACGGUGUUGAGCUCGUCUUGCCUGUCGACUUUGUCACCGCCGACAAGUUCGACAAGAACGCUAAGACUGGAGUGGCCACUCAGGAAGAGGGUAUCCCAGACGGCUGGAUGGGUCUUGACGCUGGUCCAAAGUCCAUCAAGCUCUUUGAGGACGCUGUUGCCAAGGCCAAGACCAUCGUCUGGAACGGUCCACCAGGUGUUUUCGAGUUCGACGCCUUUGCUAAGGGUACUAAGGCUUUGUUGGAUGCUGCUGUCGCUUCUGCCGAGGCUGGUAACACCGUCAUCAUUGGUGGUGGUGACACUGCCACUGUUGCUAAGAAGUUCGGUGUUGUCGACAAGUUGUCCCACGUGUCUACUGGUGGUGGUGCUUCCUUGGAGUUGUUGGAGGGAAAGGACUUGCCUGGUGUCGUUGCCAUCUCUGAAAAGUAA